AUGCUGGUGGGUCCUUCGGUUGUUGAGGAGCUGGAGCUGCUCCGAACCGAGAUGGAGGCUGCGCGGCGAGGCGCCGCGGAGGCGCGCGAGGCCCUCCGCCAGUCGGCGGAAGUCGGCCAGAUGCUGCUCUCGAGGAACGAAGCCUUGGAGCAGGAGCUUGACGUGUUGCGGAUGGAGAAGUCACGGAUCGCUGCCUCAGAGGUCCGCCAGCGUCAGGGGCUCGAAGAGGAGUGCCGGCGUUUGGAGCUGGAGCUGGAGAGGGACGGGCGCAAGGCGCGGCAGCUGCGCUUGCAGAGCGCGGCAUCGGUGGACUCGGACGAGGAGCUGAGUAUGGAGCAGAUGAGGCAGCGGCUGAAGCGCUCCGAGCAGAGCGAGCAGGAGCACCGGGAGGCGGCAUGCUUGGCCGAGGAGCACGCCGUGGCUCUGGAGGAGAGGCACCGGAGGCUCGAGGAGGAGCACCGGAAGUUGCAGGCGGAGUGCCAGAAGAGCCGGCGCCGCACGAGCAGCCCACGGGAGAAAGAGGAGGGAGAGGAGAAGGACAAGGACGCGGAAGACCUGGCUCGGCAGCGCUGGCGCCGUGCAGGCCGAGCGGUCGUCCAGCGCCUGAGUGCAAGCUCCAGCUAUGAGACUCCGAAGCCGCCGUCCCCGAGCUCCCUGGCCUCCCUGGCAUCCCUGGCCUCCCCGUCGCGGCGCAGCGAGCGCAGCGAGAACCGCAGUGAGAACCGCGAGGACCUGGAGCAGCAGAUGGCCGGAGUGGCCGCUGAGCGGGAUGCCCUGCGGGCCGAGAAGGCGAGCUCCGAAAGCCGGGCGCAGGAGCUCGAGGAGGACAACACAACGCUGCGACUCCUUUUGGAGGAGGAGGCACAAAGGACCGAGGCCUUGGCACAGCAGGUGGACUACUUGGCCGACCUUCUGGAGGAGCGGCAGGCCCAGAGCGGCGCCCGGGACAUGAUGAGGUCCCUGUGGGGCUCCCGGGACCCCUCCCCGGAGAACCCGAACCAGCCGCCAGCGCCUUCACUCUGCGAGGAGGCGAAGUUCCAAGUGCGCCCGAGAGACGCAUCCCGGGGACCUGCAGAGGCACAGAGCCUUGAGAGCUUCCUCGCGGACCUCCGUUCGCGCUCGCCCUCGGUGAGCCGCAAGCGAAGCCGACCUCCGCACGUCACUUUAGAGGACUUCCUGGGCGAGAAGCCGGCCUGCCUCUUCAACGUGACUGCGUCGACGCGGGCUGCAGCCAAGCUGCCGGGCCAGCCCGAGAAGGCCUCCCUUCUGGAGCUCUUGGGCUGGCGGCGGUGCCAGACGUGCGGCUCCUUGACCUGGGCUCCCCUCACGGCGCAAAGAGAGGAGGACCGCGGGAAGCAGCCGCCGCAUCCGAAGAUGAAGCUGAGCACGGUGAGCGCCUCCAAGAAGAGUGCCAAGGGAUGGACCUUCGCUCUCGUUUCGAGCCAAGACGAAUCCUGCGGCGCGGCACCCGCCCGCGGCCGGACUCCCGCAGUGAGAACUGAGAGCUGA